AUGCUCGUCAAGUCCUGGUACGACGAGAUCAAACAGUACAAUUACAACAACCCUGGUUUCAGCGCCGCCACGGGUCACUUCACGCAGCUCGUUUGGAAGGACUGUCGACGCAUAGGCACGGGCGUGGCUCGAGGCCCGAAGGGAACCUACUACGUCGUGUCCGUCUACGAACCGCGAGGAAACAUCGUGGGCCAGUUUGCGGAACAAGUUCUCCAACCCAUUUCUGAAGGCGCAACGAGGCGAGGAGGCGGAAAUGUUCGCCACAAGAACAGGUGGCGUCACAGAAGACGCCACUAUGACGACGACUACGAUGACUGA